AUGAUUGACUAUCAUAUUCCAUCUUCAAGGAAGGCCCAAGACCAUCUUCACGGCAGGAGCAGGACUUUCAAUACAAAAUCUCAGCAGCAGGACAAUGACUCAGAGGAGGAAUGGAGCUCAAGUGCGAGAUCGUGUUCUUACACUCCCUCUUCUUCUUUUACUUCCUAUGAUUGGACAAGUCGACAACAGAUAAGCACUGAGAGCAACAGCAGUAGCAAGAGUGAGAACUUUUCAUGCUCAGAUUACAACGCUAGGGAGAGUGCAUCACAAAACAGUAGUACAGGUGAGGAGAGUAACAGCGGCUCUUCCUAUGCUUCGUCGAGUGACCAUGAUACAGAUGAUCGAGAUGGAGACAGCUGCAGCAGAAGCACGAGAUACGUAAAAUCACGUCGUGAGAGAGCAGUUGGACGGUUUAAAAGGUUUAAGGAUAAGCUGGCGCUCAUCUUUCACCAUCAUCACCACCACCACCACCACCACCAUCAUCACCAUCAUGAUAACCGAAAACAAAGCAAAAGUGGGAACAAAGCAACAACUUGGAAGCCUUUGAGGGACAUGUUUCACCAUGAGGGCAAGCCCAAGUUGUAUGCAGAAAAAGCAGUGGUGAAAAAACAUGGGAACUUGGUUGAAAAGAACCAGGGGCAGCAUUUUAAUACACUGGUGCAGGGUUUAAUGCAUCAUGUCAAGAAUUCAAAGAAAUCCAAAACCUUACAAACUUCUGAAUUAGGGAGAAAGCGAAUGUUACGGAAACAAGGAGGAAUUAAACUACCAUAUCGAAGGCCAGUCAGAGUGGGAUUCAAGGGGAAGAAGCCACAACUGAAAGGGAGCUGA